AUGGGUUUAUCCAGACAAGAGACCGAAAAGUCGCACUCUUCAUCGAAACGCUCGCUUUUCACCGAAAACUCAUAUGACUAUGAUGAAGAAGAUCCCCGUCCAAUCCAGUGCACGUGGUUGCCUUGCUGUAUGGACCCUGAACAAGCCGAGUCGUUUGGUCACCAUGUCUCUGUUUUCAUGGUGGCACUCGUCGCGUUCGCCACAUUUUUUUGCGUCACGCUCAUUUUGAUUCUCGUUUUCAUGCUUGGA